AUGUGGCGCGACGCCCGUAACGUCCGCAUCUCCUACGCCUCCAUGGCCCCGAAGCCAGACGGCACGGCCCGCAUAGACGACCUCGUCGAGUACGAGUCCAACAAGCCGCCCCACCCCUCCGCGGCCGUCAAAUCCGUAAAGGGCGUUGAUACCGCCUGCGCUGUAGGGGAUACCUCCGUCUGGGACUGGCGUGGUAAAGGGUGGUUGUUCUUCGUGGGCAGCCAUUGGGAGGUUCUCGGGUGGGGGGAGAGGCAGAUCGAAGGCAGCGGGGAGGUGGAGAGGUGGGCUGUUACGUGGUUUGCGCCGACGGUGUUUACCAAGGAGGGUGUUGAUAUCUACUGCGAUCGCAAGGAGGGGUUGAGUGCUGCUGGGUACGAGGAAGUCAUGGGCGCGCUGAAGGGGCUGGAGGCCAAGGAGUUGGUUGGCAUGGUGGAGAAGGAUAUGUUGCCUGUUGAGAUUGCGUUGCCCUGGAAGGAGGCGUGA